CCGUUGCAGGUUUAGUGACGACGACACGUCACCACUCCCAUCAUCCCUUUCGUGUCCAAAAUGGCUUCCACUGGAAAAUGGGAAACGGUCGGUGCUAAGAAAAGCAAAAAAUCCACUUCCAAAUCCAAUGGAAAGAAACCAGGAGGCACGGGAACUGUGGAGAGAAACCCGGUGAUUGAACACGCAAAGCCUAUUGAGACUGCCCAGACAAUAUGGAGCUCUGUAGCUGAGCUAGAGGUGGAUGACGAGCAUAAGGAAAAUAAGCAGAUCCAGGCCAACAAGGAUCAGGCAAAGUCAUCAAAUGCCUCUCCAAAGAGCCCCAAGAAAACUGGAGCAGACAAGAAGAAGCAGCAAGGAAAGGACAAGAAGGCUGGCAAACGGGAGUUCAAGACUGUGGAAGAUGCCAUGAAGAAGCUUGAUGCCAAUGUUCUGAAGACAGUCGUGCAGGACACAAAACUCAAGUUUCCUGAUAAUCCACAGUUUUGGCUGAAUGACCUUGCGUCUAUGCUGAACUUGAAGUUGGAUGCUCCAGACUUGGACCCUACUUUUUACCAGCAGCCAGCAGAGUAUCCCCUGUCCAUCCUGCCCAAGCCUGUUUACAGUGUCCUGUCCUCCACUGUGACCAGCUGCCCUCUCCAAGUACAGAACAUCUUCUUUGAGCACUGUCUGUAUAUGAUGGUGAAGGAGAUGACAAACGGCACUCCAACUUAUGGUUAUCGCAUCUGUAUACAGUACCUAGCACAGAGCAGACCUGAGGUCACCACAGCAAACCUUCCCAAGUUUGCAGAUCUACUGAAAACCACAGUGAACAGACCAAAUGUCUGCCUGUCAAUCAUCUGGGGGCUCAGCCAAUCAGGAAGUAAGGAUUUAGCAACAGGGUUAACAGUAUGGUUACAGCUGUUACUGCCACACUUGGGCACAAAGAGCCUUUCCAGUUACAUCAUUGGGAUUCUGGAAAACCUCUUCAAGAGCCACAAAAAGACAAAGGCAUCGCACAAUUCCAUUGGACCACACGAGUUCUUCCCUGUUCUGGACUUUGUUUUCACUCCUAACACUGCACUUGCACAGAGCUUACAACAGAGACUACAAGCAGUUUAUCCUAAAAUCAAGGACCUUGCAUUGGGCCCCUCAGCCAGCAAAACACCUUGCCAGUACUUCCCUUCCCUGCUGGCCCGGGCUACUCCAAACUGCCCUUCUGCACUCAAGACAGAGAUCAUGGAGCUCCUUGUACAUUGUUUGAUCUCCGACCCACAAAGCUUCAGCAACUGGAGACAGAUGUACACCAAGCAGCUUCUUCAGUCUGGAGUUCUCAUGAGGUACAUGCUAGACAACUGGGAUAAGGUUUCUAGAGUGCUCCCAGAGAAGUUUGUCCAGGAGACUGUGCUGGCAUUCAGUAUAACAAAUGAAGAGAUGGCAGCCCACACCCCAGGCAGGGAGGAGUGUCGGAGUGCAUGCAAGGAACUGUUGUUGAAGAUGAAGAAGCCAAAGUUUCCUUGGGGACGGCUGAUAUUCACUAUCCUCUUGCUGGUUGUAGCAAUCCUAGGGCUAGAUAUCUAUACACAUGGCAGUUUCCAAGCCUCCACAUCUCACCGUGUACUGAAGGACUCUGGUCUGCUGGCAGUGUCCCAACAAGCCUGGGUCAAGAUUAGCUUCUACAGCAGGAAAGGCACGGACUGGGCCAGGGAGUGGGUGCCCUACUACUACAGCAUGGUAGCCGAGGUCCUGGACCCUUACAUCAAGCUGUUGUGGCAGAAUCUGUAUGACCUGGGAGUGUGGAUCGCUGAAGUGUCGGCACCUCUCAGGGCUUGGCUGGACAGAAAAAUACCUCUGGUUCUAGAAUGGAUAGAUGCCAAGGUUCCAGUGGUUGUGGCCUCCGUGACCCAGGUCACGUCCAAGGUUACCAUGGCUGCCCAGGAGUACUGGGCUGUCCUGAAGCCCCACGUCAUGGUGGUGUGGACAGCCGUGGGGGACAACAUCCAGGCUGUGGGCAGCUGGCUGGAGAAGAACGUCUUCACUGGGAAGCUGUCUCCAGAGGCCCUGCAAGCUUCCAUGGUGAUGGUGUGGGAGUAUGUGUGGACAUCAAGUACUGCUGCCAAACAGUGGAUAGUGGACAAGUUUAGUGCGUAAAAUAAUUAUAAUCACCAGAAUCAGUGCAAUCCCCUGACCUUAUCUUGGGACAAUUUGACAAGUUUCCUCUGACCUCAGACUCUCUUCCAAAAGCUUAGUAUUUUAUGUAAGGCCUUGGAAAAUUAAUGUAGUGUUCCUGAUUACAGUCCUACAAAAGUAGGUAGGUUUUCUUUUCUAUUCAGAUUUCAGGGUUAACAUUUAACAAAAUUACAGUUAAGAAAUGACUAGUAUGUUGUUAGCUCUCAGAUAUAUAUUACAAUGAAUAGUUUGUCUCCCUGCAACUGUACCCCAAAAAGGCUAGGGUUGGUGAACAGGAAACUCAACAUUUUGCCUAGGUCUAUGUAAAUUACUAAUGAAAAUCAUACUCUGCCCUCGUUAGAUAAUAUAUAUAACGUUAGUUUAGAUAUCACUUGAGAAGAGCUAAAAAUCUGAUACAGAUCAUGCACAUUUGUCAGGUCUUGUCUAUACUCUCACUUAAUUUCAAUCCGUUGAUACAAGAAUGGCUUUUUCGUACAUGACAGAAAAUCAUGUCUGAUUAUUAUUUAAAGCAUAACUAAGUUAACUGUUUAAAUAGAAUAUUAUUACACUAAUUCAUUAGCUUUCAGUGAUUUCAAAUGGCAGUGGUGGAAAGAAAAUACCUCCAUUUUAGAAACUACUGUCAGGCAAAUAGAUACACAGCAAAAACACCCCUAUAGAGAUUGCUCUGGCAGCUAAAUUUUGUGACAAAGACACUUAAUCUGUGGGACUGAGUGAGAAAAUGUAUUGGGAUGAAAAUGUCAGAAAAAAUGCCAUGUGCCAGGACUGCUUUAUGACGCUUAGAAUCAGUAACUCCAAUAGUUUUUUCCCUUCACAUGUCAAAGGUAAUACACUAAUUCAUGCUGUGCUUGGUGAGCAGAGACACUAUAUGUGGAAAAAGUAAAUUUUAAGUUAGUAGUAAGUUAAGAGAAUCCCACCGUAUAUUUGCUAUUGAGGUGAGUAUUGUUGCUGUUACAUGUAGAUCCAGUGACAACUGUAUACACCUUGGCAAAAAUAAAUCUUCAUUCCAAUCGUAUAGAUUACAUUCUUGAUAAGAUACACGUAAAUUUGUUGUCAAUUGAAUCAGAACGUUAGGUUAUUUGCAAGUGAUAGGACAAAUAGACAUAAUUAUUAUCUCCUGUUUCAGCUGUUGUUUUGAAAUCAUGUAAGAUACAAAUAUUUGCUUUUCCCAUUUCAGAAAAAUUAUUUGAUAUACAAGUUCAAGGCAAUUGAAAUGGUUUUUGUGUAACACUGCUUAACACAAAUUUAGUGCCAACACCUCACAAGACUAUGACAUUAAUUUGAGGCUGUGGGUUGGAUUUUUUUGGCAUUCCCUCUGGUCUAAGUGAUCCGGUAAACUUCUGAAAACCAAUCAUCUCUAACAGCUUGCUCUCUUAUCUGCAUGUCGAUUUACAAUGAAGACAGUGAUCAUGAUUUACACAGUUGUAAAUAAAUUGGUUCCUUUGUCUCGAACAGUUUUUUGAAAGGUCUACCUGAUGUACAGACAUGUUUGUGUUACAGUCAUAGAAAGUCAUGUCAGUAGUGCUUUCUGAAGGAUGUAAGAUGGUGCAAGUCUGGAUACAAUGAGUGAGUUGUAAAUAGAACCCACCAAAACUGGCUUUUCAGUAGAAUAAACAAGUGUGUUUGAAGAACACAUUUCAAGUAAAAUAUGUGUAUUUUGAUGGUUGUGGGGGAAAAGAUACAGACUGACAUCUGAGUAACAAUUGUGACAUUGAUUUUAUUGAAGUGAUUUAUCUUAAAUAAAAAUGUUCACAGUAACAAUAUCACAAUCAUGUGCAGGUCUGUAACAAAGCUGCAAACAAUAAAGUACUUCAAGUAAA